AUUUUUUAUUAAUUUAUACAUUUAAUUUAUUAUGGGAGACUCCGCUGUGUUCGCUAUCAACAGUGCCUUGGAUAAGAGAGACUCCGCUGUGUUCGCUAUCAACAGUGCCUUGGAUAAGUAUAAUAAAGCUCCCAUUGCUGAUGGUAGUAUCACUGAUGGUACUGUGCAAGAAGAGGCUGAGAUCUCGCCUCAGGUGAAAGCUUAUCCGGAGUUACUGAAACUGUGCAAGGAUAUGGACUCGAGGGGACUCCAUAAGUUUGUAUCGGAUAACCGCAAGAACCUUGCUUCGCUAAAGGAAGAGAUUCCUUUAGCGUUCAAGGCUGCAUCAAACCCGGCUACUCUAGUGUUGGACUCUUUGGAAGGCUUUUACCCUAUUGAGUCGUCAGUACCACCCUCUGAUGGGAAGAAAGACGCUAACCUCUUGGGAACGCGCAGGACAUGCAUCAUGCUGAUGGAGUGCCUUAGCAUACUGUUGUGUCGUCUCGACCGGAGCUCCCUCGCUGGUGUUCUCUCGGAGAAUGUUAAGCGUAGAGCGAAAGCUAUUGCAGAAGGAUGGAAUCCGCUGCCGGAGAGUACUCUUGACAUGGAUGCUUGCAAUGGUAAUUCUUUGGAGGCUCAUGCGUUCCUGCAACUGCUGGCUAGUUUUGCUAUUGUUAAGGACUUUGAAGAGGAUGAGCUCUUGAAGCUGAUCCCUAUGGUUUCGCGUCGUCGUCAGGCGGCUGAGCUUUGCCGUUCUCUUGGACUCUCAGAAAAAAUGCCUGGUGUGAUUGAAGUUGUCCUGAACAGUGGAAGGCACAUUGAUGCAGUGAACUUGGCUUUUGCGUUUGAACUCACAAAACAGUUCCCACCUGUUGAGUUACUGAAGUCUUACUUGACUGAGGCAAAGAGAUCUUCCUCCCAGGAUGAGUUCAAUGAGAGGGAGCUUACAGGUGUUAAAGCUGUGGUAAAGUGUGUCGAAGUGCAUAACCUGGAAGAGCAUUACCCAGUUGAGCCACUUCAGAAGCGGAUUCUGGAGCUGGAGAAGACCAAAGCUGAGAAAAAGAAAGCGACAGAACCCGCAAAGCCUCAGACGAAACGACCACGUGGUGCUCAACCCCGAGUCACUGACAACAACAACAACAAGACAGGAUAUGGUAGAGUCAUCAUUUCUGAGAGGUAUCCGCAGUAUGUGUAUGACAAUAGACCAUUCCUUACCGGUCCAAUCAUGGCAGCACAAGCUCAUCCGCCUCCUCCUCCUCCUCAGACUUACACUUUCAGUCCUGCUGCUGCUGCUCACGGGAACUUCUACGGGAACUGCUAUCAGUACCAGGCUCCUCCUCCUCCUUACUUUCACUAAGGUGAUGGUGAAUGUGACUGUGACUCUCUCUUCUAUGGUGUUAACUUGUGGCAGCUCUUUAACCCCUCCUCUCCUACUAGUUGUUUUCCUUUGAUGUUGUUAUGUACGGAUGAUUUUAGUAUUUUUGAGGAUCAACCCUACUCAAAAAACAAAACAAAACAAAAAUGCUCAAAAUUUUCUAUUAAUUAUAUAUUUAAUGCUGUA